AUGGUGAGGCCGCAGCACGAGUUCUACAUCCCCUCGGUGCACGAUGGCACGCGGCUUAGUUGCCGCCUCUAUCAGAGCGAGCUGACCCAGCGGACCCUGCAGCAGCCAUCUGUCAGUAAAGGUGCUAUCGUUGCCCACCCCUAUGCGACGCUCGGGGGCAACAAUGACGACCCUGCUGUCGGUUCCAUUGCUGCCGAGCUUGUGCGCAACGGCUAUGCUGUCCUGACUCUGAAUUUUCGCGGUGCGGGCUACUCGGACGGCCGGACAAGUUGGACGGCCAAGCCUGAGAUAGGCGACUAUAUGUCAGCUUACGGCUUUAUGCUGAAGUAUCUUCAACUGCUUGGACCCUCGAAGCCCGUCGAGCUGAUCUUAGCUGGGUAUUCGUAUGGGUCAAUGGUGGCAUCUCAUCAGCCCACCAUCGGGGAUGUUGCAAGUUUAUUUGCUACCCCGGAGGCUGGGUCACCUGUCGAGACGAUUCUCUUACAAGCCAGGGACUUGGUUGAGGGAGCAAAUAAGGACGUCACCGAGUCUAAUGACAAGCUAGACCAGGACUCCAAAUUGCCGGCCGCAACCAUUUCGUAUUUAUUACUGUCCCCCAUCCUCCCGCCCGCUUCUCGACUAGUCACACUUUGGGCGAACUUGUCAAGUGUGUCGAUAGCGGGCAAGCAAAUAUCGAUACCGGCUCCGGAAGAAGAACUCCCUAAACACCGAACGCUGGUCGUGUAUGGCACCGACGACAUGUUCACAUCAGAGACGAAAUUACGACACUGGACGAAGAGCUUACGCGAGGUACAAGGAAGUCACGCUAAGAGUGUAGAGAUUUCCUUUGCGGGACAUUUUUGGAUAGAACAGACGUUCCACACACAGCUAAGAAAGGCCAUCUCCGAUUGGUUUAAUGACACGCAGUGA